GUUGAAUAAUAAUUAAACUGCUAAUUACAUCUCGAUGAAACAUCAAGGUUGUCUGAACAAAAAUUACGCGCUAAACAUUUAAAUAUUAAACUAAAUACUGUAUUAUAUAUCAUCUGAUAGAUGUAUAGACUUGAUGAGUAAGACUACGUAUGCAUCGUACAGAUAAUUGUAGACUUGAGAAAUCAUUUGAGAAUGGAGAGGAAAGAGACAAGUAACCCAUUCGAUACAGCUGGUGUUUUCUCUCGAAUAUUUUUCUGCUGGGUUUUUCCUAUAAUAAACAAAGGAAGAAAGCAAAUUUUGAGAGAAGAAGAUUUACAAGGAGCCUCACAAUAUCACACCUCAGAGUAUCUUGGGGAUCUACUUCAAAAAGAAUGGAAAAAGGAAUUGCAGAAGAAAAAUCCGAGCAUAGUGAAAGCUGCCUUACGUUUUGUUGGUUGGAAGUACUUGAUUGUAAUGCUAAUUGUACUAAUUCAGGAUACAUCUGUAGUUACAGGUCAAGCUUAUUUUGUAGGAUCAGCAGUACAUUAUUUUGAAAACAGACAGGAAUGGAAUCACUACAACGUUUAUGUUACAAUUGCAGGAUUUUUUGCUGCUACUGCGAUUUAUUCGUUUACGCAUAAUAUUAAUCUGUUUAUGACAGAAUAUUAUUCAAUGAAACUGAAGGUAGCUUUCUGCACUCUUAUUUAUAGAAAGGCAAUUAGGUUAAGUUCUUCUUCUCUGGAAAAAUCAAAUAUGGGACAAAUGGUAAAUCUUCUAGCAAACGACGUCGGCAAAUUCCAGAACAAAACUAUCUCCAUUGCACUUUUAUUUACAGCGCCUUUCUUUAUCAUUUUUUCGAUACUGAUGUUAUGGCAAUAUUAUGGAUGGACUAUUUUAAUGGGAUAUUUGGUAGUAUUUCUCUUCGUUUCUAUACAAUUUGCUUUGAGUAAACUAUAUUCAAAAUUGAGAUUACAAGCAGCUAUUUUGGCAGACAAAAGAUUGAAUUUGUUAAACGAGAUGAUUGCUGAUAUGAGAUUAAUUAAAAUGUACACCUGGGAAUUGCCAUAUGCUGCAUUAAUAGAAAAAAUCAGACUGAAAGAAAUAAAAACAAUUCGAAUGUUUUUAUAUGUAAACGGAAUAUCACACAUAUUGGCGUACCCUAUAUCAAAAUUAUUUACUCUUCUGUCAUUUGUCGCAAUUUUAUUAAUUGGAGGAGAAUUAAAUGCCAAAGUUGUGUUCGUUACAAUGCUUUAUUCCCUGUACAUUUUGAACAACAUAAUUGGUCUAUUUUCUCAUUCUAUGAGUUUUCUUGCAGAAAUAUUGGUUUCUUUGAAGAGAAUACAGGGUUUUCUACUCCUUCAUGAAUACGAGAAUAAUGCUGUCAAAACUGUAGAAGAAGAAGAUAAUUUAAAUGAAAUACGCAUGGAUACUGUUACAGCUGCAUGGAAAAAAGGAACCGAACCAACGUUGAAUAGGAUAUCUUUAAAUAUGCAACCUGGAGAAUUAUUACUUGUUGUCGGUCACGUUGGAUCAGGAAAGACGUCUUUAUUAAUGUCCUUGUUGGGAGAGAUUCCAAUUACUUCUGGUGAAGUGUCUGUGAAAGGAAAGAUCUCGUAUGCUUCUCAAGAAGCUUGGGUAUUCAACGCAACUGUCAGAGAAAAUAUCUUGUUCGGAGAAGAAUAUCAAGAAGAUAAAUAUAGAAAAGUCUUGCAUAUUACUGCGUUAGAAAAGGAUAUUAAAUUAUUUCCGAAUGGAGAUGAGACAAUUGUAGGAGAACGGGGUGUCAUGAUGAGCGGUGGGCAAAAGGCAAGAAUUAAUUUAGGAAGAGCACUAUAUGUGGAUGCCGAUAUUUUCCUUCUGGAUGAUCCUCUGAGUGCCGUUGAUGUUCCAGUAGCAAAACAUAUAUUCGACAAAUGUAUAAUGGAAUAUCUGAAACACAAGAUUUGCAUUCUCGUUACGCAUCAAAUACAAUUUUUAAAUUCUGCAAGUAAAAUUUUAGUGUUAAAGAAGGGAAAAUGUGAGUUCAUUGGAAAUUUUAAUGUAUUGGAAAAUUUAGAAAUGCUUACAGGAAUUUUGCCAAAGGAAGAAGUCGCUAAAAAUAGCAUGGAUUUAGAGACUGCGGUUUUCAAUGAUGAGGAAAUAAUAGGAAUCAUUCAUCCUGAAGUAAAUGAUUACAUUGAAGACAAUCACGACGGCGAUGCGGAAGAUAAAAAUAACAAAAUACCACGCGACAAUAAAGGAGUUAAGAAACCAGGAAUUUCAGUCUAUAAAGCAUACGUGAAUGCCGGAGCAGGACUUCUCUUCAAGAUCGUUAUUUUAUCCACGCUAAUUAUAUCGCAAUCCGUUACCAGCGCCAGCGACUACUGGCUAAUCAAAUGGGUGCAUGAUAUUAGAAUAUAUAGCAAAAAUGAAGAGAAUCUCGAAAACAUGACAUCUAAUACAAGCCUUUUUAAGGAAAUUAAAAACAAAAAUUUAUACUAUACUAAACAUUUCGACAUGUAUGUUUAUGUAGGAUUGAUAUGUGCUGUAUUUCUAACGUCAAUACCUUCCGGAUUAUUGUUAUGGAAAUUUUUUACAAUUGCUUCUUUCAAGCUUCACAACAAUAUGUUUCGUUGUAUCAUUCGAACUCCGAUAGCAUUUUUGGAUAACAACCCCGUUGGAAAAAUCUUAAAUCGAUUUUCCAAAGAUGUUAGUAUUAUGGACAAUGUGAUUCCUUUCUUUACUUAUUUAUCAAUAAGGGGAGGCUUAAUUGUUGUCGGCAUGUGUGUACUUCAAGCAAUCGUCUGUCCUUAUCUACUUGUAUUAAUUGCUGUCCUUUCAAUAAUAUUUUACGCUAUGUGGACAAAUUUCAGCCGAGUGUUAAAAAGCAUAAAACAUCUGGAAGGAAAAUUGAGAAGUCCAGUAUUUUCUCAUUUGAGUGUAUCUCUUUACGGACUAACAACAAUUAGAGCAUUUAAUGCUGACAGCAAAUUUAAAUCUAUGUUUAAUAAGUAUCAGGAUAAGCACACUGCAACGUGGUUUAUUUACUUGGCUUUAAUUCGAUGGCUUUCCAUAUACGGUAGCAUAAUUUGUUUCAUAAAUCUAAUUAUCACCGUUAUUGUUUUUGGUGUCUCAAAUAAUGCAGAUGACGCAGGAAGCCAAAUUGGACUUAUAUUGAAUUAUGGAAUACUAAUAAAUUUGUAUGUUCAACAUGUUAUCGGAUGUGCAUCCGAAAUGGAAUUUCAGAUUUUUUUAUCGGGCGAUAUCAAAUUUUUUGAGAAAGAUAAAUUUGUNUGUUUCAUAAAUCUAAUUAUCACUGUUAUCGUUUUAGGUGUUUCAAAUAAAGCAGUUAAUGCAGGAAGCCAAAUUGGACUUGUAUUGAAUUAUGGAAUACUAAUAAUAAUACGUUUUCAACACCUUAUUGGAGUGACAUCCGAAGUGGAGUUUCAGAUGAAUGCUGUAAAACGCAUUCUGAAAUACAGCAAUUUGAAAUCGGAAGCAUCCUACGAGAGUUUGCCUAAUAAACGACCACUAUCUGAUUGGCCAGAAAGAGGAGAAAUUCAUUUCGAUAAUGUUUCUUUGCAAUACUCCACGGAUAAAAAUAUUGUGUUAAAAAACUUAACAUUUCAUAUUCGCUCCGGAGAAAAGAUAGGAAUUGUUGGGAGAACAGGAGCAGGAAAAAGUUCUAUAAUUGCUGCGUUAUUUCGCAUGACAGAGCCAACAGGAACGAUAACCAUCGAUGGUGUUGACAUUAAAGACAUUGGACUUCGGGAUCUUCGUAGUAAAAUAUCAAUCAUUCCUCAA